UACUCCGGGUUUGUAGAAACACUUUGAUCGCCACCGACUACUGGACUUGUUGAAAGAAGCGUCGAGCAGUAACUUCUAUUAAUAUUUGGACUUUUCUCCGCCGUGUCAAGCGCUGUUCUUCUAUGAAACUUGGACUGGAGAAUACAUUGUUUGAGGAGCAGCACAUUAGUGUGAAUUAGCGGCUCCGAAAAGAAACCAUAUCUGGUCAAAGUAUUCAGCUGUCACAUGCGCUAUAUAUAGUGUGGGAUAAGCGCUGUCUGAAGUCCUGUGGUUGGGGCUUGACUGUUCCUGCCUUUUUCGUUUCUUCUGUCCCCUUCCUGCAUUUUAUCUUAUUCACCAUGUUCCGUAAAGAGAUGGACAAGUACCGGGAUGUGGAUGAGGAUGAGCUUUUACAGAAGCUCAGUGAAGAAGAGCUCAGGAGACUCGAAGAUGAACUCGAAGAGCUUGAUCCUGAUAACGCAUUGUUGCCAGCAGGAUUCAGACAGAGGGAUCAGACUAAGAAAGCUCCGACUGGAACGUUCCAGAGAGAUAACCUUCUAGCUCACCUGGAGAAACAGGCUAAAGAACAUCCAGACCGAGAUGAUCUUGUUCCUUACACUGGCGAGAAAAGAGGAAAAGUGUGGGUGCCUAAGACCAAAGUUGUUGACCCUAUCCUGGAAGAUGUCACUCUGGAGCCUGAGCUAGAGGAGGCGCUAUCUAGUGCUACUGACGCAGAAUUGUGCGAUAUAGCUGCCAUUUUGGGCAUGCACACGCUGAUGAGUAAUCAGCAGUAUUACGAAGCACUUGCCAGCAGUACUAUCGUCAACAAACAGGGCUUGAACAGCGUAAUCCAGUGUACUCAGUAUAAGCCAGUGCCAGACGAACAGCCCAAUGACACAGAUGUAGAGGAAACACUACAGAGAAUCAAGCGAAAUGAUCCAGACCUUGUUGAGGUUAACCUAAACAAUAUCAAGAAUAUUCCAAUCCCAACGCUGAAAGCGUAUGCAGAAGCGUUUAAAGGGAACAAUGUUGUGGAGCGCCUGAGCAUCGUCGGCACCAGAAGUAAUGAUCCUGUGGCCUUUGCACUAGCAGACAUGCUGAAAGUGAACACCACUUUGAAGAGUCUAAACGUUGAGUCAAACUUUAUUACUGGAGCUGGAAUUCUGGCACUCGUGGAAUCCUUAAAGAACAACACUACACUGCAGGAGCUAAAGAUUGACAACCAGAGCCAGCCCUUAGGUAAUAAGGUUGAGAUGGAGAUAGCUAACAUUUUGGAGAAGAACACUACUCUGCUGAAGUUCGGAUACCACUUCACCCAGCAGGGCCCACGCUUGCGUGGAUCUAACGCCAUGAUGAACAACAAUGACCUGGCACGUGUAGUUCGGUCGGACUCAGAUGGUGCGAUCACGUUCACUCUGUCAGUGCCUGAGCUGGAAAGAGCCUUCUGUAAAAAGUUCAAGUUCACAUCAAAACCCAAUAAGAAAGAGAAGGCUUGAAGGAGGACCCAUCUUUCCUAAAUGUCGGACAGACGUGUAGCAGCAUUCGGGAACCCUCUAUGGCCUGGGACCUGUGUUACACCCCAUCUCAUCCCUUCAUUUGUGUCCCUUUCACAGGAUCCCUUAAAGAACACCUACUCAAUUCAGAAUACUAUUUUUCUCAAAGCCCCAGAUCUGGAAACCCAAAGGUACCACCCUCUGUUUACCAGACACACAGUUACUCAUGGCCGAGUGUUUUAAAAAUGUGUAAACUACCUGCCAUAACAUUAGCAGGGAAAAAUCACCUACUUAUGUUGAUGGAAGCAGUAAAGAUGAAAAUGGCGCACAACUUAUCACAACGCUCUCAGUUGACAUAAUCUUCUCGUUGUAAACAGUUGACCUUAAAGCCAGCCAUUUCUCUGUGUUUGGAUGCACACCAAGAGCAUCAAACUUAGGCCAGUUUGAGUCUCACUAUAGUAGUAGUUCUCACACACAUCGCAUAGAAGCAUGUUAAGGUGUGUUUUUUUGGGGGGGAUAUUUGACCUGUUCUUCUGUGUUUAACAACUGGUAAUUUUGUUGCUAUACGAAUUCACUGUUGGCAAGUCACUGCACUGUGGUUUCUGGUACUUUGCUAUGCAGCAAUUACCAAUGAAAGUGCAUUGCUGGUGCAUAAUUGUAUAAGCUCGCAUUGCCAAGUCGUAUUGAAAAUACACUGUCAGUGUGAACAUACCUUUAUUGGUCACCUGAUAACAGUAUAAAAUCUAAACUCUGUGUAUUUGCACUGCUAAAGUAUAUUUAUGACAUUAUUUAUAGAUUUUAUAUCCUUUGUUUGAUGGGGGAAAUCCUCUUUUUCAUGUUAAGGAUGAGCUUUUCAUUCUACACAAUUAGCAAUAAUAUUUCUCUAAUAUUCUAACAGUGUCUCUCUAUGAUAACCACUUAUAAUAAAAUGAAUGGGAUUGGUGUGUAUACAGUACAGUAGUCAUCCUCAGUAAAUGCUUUUUUACUGUUGAGUAAGGAUCAUAACAUGUAAUAGAAAAAUAUAUGUAUUUUUACCUAUGCCUGCUCUCAUAAAGUAUUUUCCAGGUUAUAUCUCACCCAAAAUCAACAGAAAUUAUAUUUUGCAUGAAGAAAAUUAUUUAUAGUUUCAGUAUUAAGCCAAUUAAGCAUGAAAAAAAUAAAAAAUAAAAGUAAUAUACACAACCAGUCAAAAAUUUUUGAACAGUUAUAUUUUUAAUGUUUUUUAAGAAGUCUCUUCUGCUCACCAAGCCUGCAUUUAUUAGAUCCAAAGUACAGCAAAAACUAAUUGAAAAAACUGAAAUAUUUUUACAUUAUUGAAAUUAAUACUUUUAUUUAGCAAUGAUGCUUUAAAUUGAUCGAAAGUGAUGAUAAAGACAUUUAUAAUGCUACGAACGAUUUCUAUUUCAGAUAAAUGCUGUUUUCCUGAACUUUCUAUUCAUUAAAGAAACCUGAAAAAAUUCUGUUUUCAACAUAAUAAUAAUAAUAAUAAAUGUUUUUUUGAGCAGCAAAUCAGAUUAUUAUAAUGAUUUUUGAAGGAUCAUGUGACUGGAGUAAUGAUGCUAAAAAUUCAGCUUUGAAAUCAAGGAAUAAAUUACAUUUUAAAAUAUUUUCAAAUACAAAGCAGUUAUUUUAAAUAGUAAAAAAUAUUUCAAAAUUUGACUUUUUGCUGUAUUUUGGAUCAAAUAAAUGCAGGCUUGGUGAGCACAAGAGACUUUAAAAGAAGAGACAUUAAAUAUCUUACUGUUCAAAAACUUUUGACUGGUAGUGUACAUUUUACAGUUUGCACACAUCUAUUUUUAGUUGCAAAUGUGAGUGAAAUGUUCACACUGUUAAGCUCUUGUACAGGAAUGUAUACUUAUAAUUGCACUGAAUGAUUUUAACAAUACAAUUAUUUUGCAAAAUAUAAUUUCUUUAACAUGCAUCUUGAUUGUGAGGUGAAACCUGGCAGUUUUCAUGAGACUAGGCAUCAUGGGAUUUACCAGCAGGGGUGUGUGUGUGUAUUUCUCAAAUAUUUGUUGUCCGUGAUCAGGCCUUACUCCCUUCACUCUCUCUCGAUAACAGUAAAAGUCAGCAUGUUUUAUGGAUAUAAACAUUUUCGUAUUGUUUAAAAGACUGAGCAUUUAUAGGACUUUUGGGUCCGUCUUCUUGCUCGAAACCAAAAAGGGAAAAUUCACUGUUGAUUGUCUUGUCCUGUGUUUGGAAGCAGGCCCAUAAUCAUUGCCAUAGAGUGCCUGGAGCUGGUGCACACAUGUACAUUUUGUUAGUGCACCUUACUGUAUGUGGUUUAUUGAGUUAAUAAAGACUUGAAAAACUGGUGUGGAAAUGUUGCCCUCAGCAGAAACAUACUUUUUUAAAACCACAUUAAUAGCUUUGCAUCAGGAAUACUAUUUAAAUAUUUAUACUGAGAAGAUUAAAAAGUUUCAGAAUGACCAACAGUGCCACUUUGUGGUCUGGAUUAUUAAUAGUGGCUACACUAUACUAAGUAUGUAGACUUUACACUGCCAUUCAAGAGUUUA